AAACAAAAAUGGGCGAGGCAUCUAUUCGACCCAGUCAACGGGAUAUUGACGCUAUGUCAAUAUUUUCACUUUCGUUAUUACAACUUGAAGGAAUGUCUGUCUCGCAAAGAUAUCCUGUUGCGGCUAUUGUGACAACAUGUGUGAAAUAUUGACGAAAACAUAUUAUGUUUACUACCAAAUGAGAUUACAGCCUUCUGAAUGGAGUCAUGUUAGAUGGAAUGCCACUUAACCAACUAAAAAAGCAGAGAUGUUUUAGAAAGAGCCAAGUACAGAAAUAUCAAUCUGAUGCACAAAGACUUGUGCAACAGAUGCGUUUAUCCUUGUUUCGUAACCAGCACACAACCGUAAAGUCAUGCAGGAAACGGUUUUACCUCAUGAAAACAUGAGUGUAACUAAGAAAAACAGCAAGAAGACCUUCCACAUUGAUGAGUCUGACUUGCUUUGCAAGAAUGGAUGCGGUUACUAUGGUAACCCAGCCUGGCAAGGGUUCUGUUCAAAGUGUUACCGGGAAGUCUACCAAAAGGCAAAGCAAGCCCAGGUGCAGCACGAUGCUUUACAGAAGGCAAAACGACUGGCUGGACUUGGUGACUCCCCUCCAUCUUUCUCGAAGUUUGAAGAGAAAAAAACCCAACAGACAAACAAAAGAAGUCAUACAGUGAAAUCCAUCUUCAAACGACCCUUACAGAAAGAAUCUUCUCCGGAUCAAUUGGCCACCCGAAAGAAAGAGGUGCGACGUGCUAGCCUGGAGAGUCAGCAGGUUGGUGGUGAAUUUGCUGAAUUCCUUCAAACCUUAAAGAAGCCAGUUGCACUCGAUGUUUCCAAACGAGUGCGAAACUUGAAUGAACGGAUCCAUAACCUCACUGACUAUUCCAUUGAGGAACUGUCUGAAAUGGUGCAAGAUUUCUACCAGAGCAUGUCUGAUCAAUUCCAUGGAACUCCGCUUUAUAGCAGUUGCACUCCAGAAACAACAGAACAGCUUAUGGAUUAUAUAGAAAAAUUCAUCAUGACAACUCUGUACCGGUUGGUUUUCUGUUCUCCACACACCAAUGAUGAGGAGAAAGACUUGACCAUCCAGGCUCGUAUUCGAAGUUUCCAUUGGGUCAAUCCACAGAUGCUGGACAUGUCUAUUGCUGAGCACGAAUCUGCAGUUCGACAACUGGUGGACCAGGCAAUUACAGAUAUUAUUGAAAUGAAUUCGAAACGUGCACCGCAAGACAAAUUAGCAUGUUUGGUAAAAUGCAGCAAACAUAUAUUCGAAGUGUUACGUGCAUCGAAAGACAGUCCAGCCAGCGCCGAUGAAUUCUUGCCUGCUCUAAUUUACAUUGUCUUAAAGGCUAACCCUCCUUUACUCCAGUCGAACAUCCAGUACAUCACCCGGUUCUCCAAUCCCAGCCGCCUUAUGAGUGGUGAGGCUGGCUAUUAUUUCACCAACCUUGUAAGUAUCUGGCUUUCACGUCGCAACUGUUUUCAACUGUUUAGCAUUCAGAUUACUUCUGUCAGAUGUGGUGGCUUCUUGAUUCAUAGUUUUGAAUCAAUCGAGCAUUGUCUUGUAGCUUUGAGACUUCAAUGAUAUGAUUGUUUAUUU